UCCACCUGUCUCUUCCUGCAGUCACUGUGCUCCCGUCUUCAAAGAAAGCGUCCUCUGCUAAUGAUGAGUCUCAAGCAUACAAAGACCAGUGUAUGGUGACUCCUGACCCCGGUCCCUGCCGCGCUGCCUUCCCCGUGUUCUACUACGACCCAGACACCAAAACCUGUCAGUCAUUCAUGUAUGGCGGGUGUCGCGGCAACCAGAACCGCUACAACAGGGUGGAUGAGUGUAUGAGCCGCUGCAGUGAUGGUGUGUUCGACAGCCACGGCAGAUCUCGCAACCGUUGGACUGCAGCUGUCUUCCUCUUCGUCACCGUGGCAGCGAUCUCUGCUCUUCUCCUGGCGACGCUCAUCAUCAUCACGCUGAGACGGCACGGCGGUCUGUCCCGCCGGGCUUCGUCUUUCAGUGAUAAGGAGGAGCUGCUUCCAGGUCCAGAUGAGCAGUCCUCAGUGGAGUCUCUGACAGUCCCAGAGAGUCCCAAACCGAACCAGGCCUGAGGGGUUAGUUUGUUUUCUCCACCUCAGAACUGAGUUUAACAGAUGUUAUUCAUGUGAAUCAGAUGUUGAUUGAUUGUUGAUUGAUGAUCUUUGAUCUCAGGAAUAAAAUCUGGAUCAGCUCUGUGUUGGAUUUAGAAGAAGUAGUCUUCAGUGGGGGGUCGGAGGGAAAUCACAUUUUUCUUUUUCUGUCAGCAGGUUGAUUUUGUCUCAGGAACCUACCUGAUCAUCUGUAUCGAUUCAGCCCUUAUUGAUAAUUGAUUAUUGUCAUUUCUAAUUCACAAUAAAGGAUCCAUCUUCUCUUCCUCCUUGAGGCUCAUAUGAUCACAUCGAUGCUCUCGUGUCUGUAUGCUCAACAGCUGCUAGGUUAGCAUAAAGACUGUAAACGGCUAGCUUAGCUUAGCAUAAAGACAUCUGGCAGUCAGAGAGGAAGAGAAGAGGAUCUGUGCUAAAAUCAGAGUGUGAGCUGAUGUGAUGGUCUGAUAUUGAACCUGCUGUGAUGUUGAUUAUUAAUAUUAUUAUUUUAAUAAUACAUUCAGGCUCAGAUUAUAAUCACGUGUUGGGUAUUUUUUAAAUUUCUGUAGUUGUAGGUUUUAUUUUUCUGCCUGCUACCGUUGAUUAAAUCAAAUACAAUGAUCAAUUAAAUUACUUUAAACUGUCAUUUGAAGUCAUUUAUGAAGUGAAUAAUUAUCACUAAUCAUUUUUAGUUUCUGUAAUGUUUUCUGUUAAUCGUAAACUGAUCUGUGUGUUGUGAAGAUGUCAGUUUAAGAAGGAGGUUUAACACCACUUUUUAUGAACAAAACCAUUAAAUGUGUGUUUUUAAGAAGCUGUAACAGAAAUAAAGUCUUGAGUUUGUCCACCCGGA